AUGGCUAAAAGUGAAUUCCUCUCGGAAGAUAUUUUAGAUGAAGAGUAUAUGAAAGCCUUUGAGCCUUUCCAUCAUCUUCAAAUGGCACUAGGAUCGUGUCGUCUAAAUAUUCGUGACAGAUUCGUAAGCUCACCUACUACCGCGCAAAAGAUUUUCUCUAUUUGUUGUGUUACCAUCACAUUGGUCCUAUACAUAUAUUCCAUUAGGUCAUACUUUAUUCGAUACUACGAAUUUACCGGUAUCUAUGUCACGAGUAUCAUUAGUAUUGUCUUGUAUUAUUUAACAUUUUUCUUUAACAUAAUUCAUAUAAGAUUUAUCAAUUGCAGUAGCAACCCAAGAUUUUACAUUAAACUUCAAGAAAUCGACCGUCUAAUGAAUUUAAACAAAAAUGAGAAGUUUAACAAUGUUUUAUAUUGGAAUAAUGUGAUAUCCGCAGGAGCUUCAGUACUUGUAUUACUGAUGGCAUUUUGUUUAACAAUGUAUGAGAAUGCACAGUAUUUUAUGGGAAUAAUUGGACUUCUAUAUAGUGUUUUAACAUGUAACUUAGAAUGGUUGUACUGUGCAGACCUAAUGAUGUAUUUCUUUUUAAGAAUACGGUUUAUUAAUGCAAUUAUUCUUAAUCAUCUUCAGGGUACAGUUGGUCCUUUUAAAUACAAAGCUAUUAAUUUACCUACAUAUUACUUUAUACGUUGUUUAGCCUCUGAAACACACGAUUUUCAGACUAAUUGCGUUGACUUGUACCUUAAAGCUGUAUUUGAAGGAUUUACGUCAUUUCAAAACCAUUACAGAUUUCAAAUGCUUUUAUUUUGUAACCAAUUUGUACUACUAUCUUUGCUGACAUUUGAAAUUGGAUUGGGAGCACUUCAAUAUAAUGCACUUCGCUGGUCGGAAAUAAUAACAUUACCAACAAUUUUAAUAUGUAAUACACUCCUGGCUAUAUUUCUUUGCAUUCGUUGCGAAGUAUUUUACCGUGAAACGAAAAAGACGAAACGCUUAUGUAUUACCAUGAUGUCUCGAUAUUGUGAUGGACCUUUAAGAGAAAAAGCUAAAAGGAUCUUAAAAAUCAUUGAACAACGACCGAUAAAGUUCAACGUGUACAAUAUGUGGUCCAUGAAUGCAUUCACUGUUAUUAGAAUACUUAAUAUUGUUACUACAAUGAUGGUGGUCUUACUCCAAUUUACGUUUCUUUAA